GCUGAUGCCUUUGUUUGGCCUUUGGUGAACCCGGAGAGGCUUGCUGCUCGAUGCUCGAGUGAUCGAGUGAUCGAGUGUGAAUGGGAGUGAAUGAGAAAGGCAGCGACUCGCGAGCUUUUUGUGCGUCCGGUAUGAGGCACUGCGGAGCGCUCCGCAAGUGGCCUGCCUACAGACGCAGGCUACAGGUCGUACAAAGCGCAUGCAUCUCUGCGCCUGGUAGCCUCGUCGCCUGCCGCCUGCCCAGCAGCUCAGCUGCUCAGCAGCCCAUGCAGCCCACAUGCCACUUUUGCAUUCUUCGUUUGGAAUGCCAGGUAAUCUCCGUGGCCGUGGACGCCAUACCCCGCCGCUCAUUGGCUGUGCACAUCAAACGUGCAUGGUGCCUGGCGAGCGACGCGCAUGCCAAGCCCUCCCGAGCCCACAAUUACACCUGCAGAAGAACGCCCCAAUGUCUUGGGCCUUGGGUCCCUCCGCCUCACGAUCUUGCGGCGCGAGUCUUGGCAGGAUGCUGCUGGAUCGGCUGGAUCGCUGGAUCGCUGGAUUGCUGGAUCGUCUCACACGACCUCACGCUCACACGAGCAGUCACACGAGCAGCCCCGAGCCAGCCGUGUGGGUGGGUGCUAGCUGGGUGGUAGGCGGGGCCUGGGCUGGGUGGAUGAUGAUCAUGGAAGAGGAGCAUCGAGCCGAGAUUGAUGCCGACGCACGUUCGUGGAUGGAGACGUGCAGCGUGGCAGACGACGCGGCCGCAGCUUAAGAGAGAGAGAGACGCGUCCCUUUGCUCCGUUGCUCCUUUGGAUCCUUUGGAUCCUUUGGAAUCGACAAGCGGCGUUUGGAAGAGCAUUUUUGGCCAUCCACCAAACUCCUACAUGGUCAGAUCUAAAUAAAGAAUCUACCGGGCCGUACCCUGUGCCUAGAUCCUCCGUGACGUCAGGGUCAGGUGCCGGUCUGCCGAGCGUGCCGAGCGCUUAAGCGUUUAGCAAUAUACAGUAGCAAUAGGAAAGAUUCAAAUCAAGCUAUCAAGGCUAUACUCGUAGCUGCUCCUAGAUCCUGUCUACAAAUACAUGAAUAUACCAUCCAAAU